AGGCGAGCUGGAGGAGCGAGGCUGCGAGUUGGCCAACAAGGGCUCUAAAAGGGGGGAACAGUUACGUGGUCAUGCCUCCGUUAUGAGAGCGUGUGUCGUCGUCGUCGACGUCGACCGACGGUGGGGGUGUUGUUGUAGUAGGAGGCGCUGCGUCGUGCUGGCGGCAGGAGGAGUGAGUGCUGCUACACACGGUGGAGGAGGGAGGGUGCUCCGAGGAGGAGACAAGGUUUUUAAUCAAAUUCGGACGCAGGAGCCGGGAGUUUACGUAUACAGGCUAAAUGGCUGGCGAGGGCUGACGGGAGGAGGAGGAAGAGGAGGAGGAGGAAGAAAAGAGAGAGAGAGGUAGGGAGGGGGAGAAGGCUCGGUCGCCGCAAGUGAGCGUGGAACAAGCAGCGGGGCUCAUCGCGAACGUUAGAGUAGGGGCCAGUUGUUGUUACGGAACACUACCAAACAGUUGCCUUUUUCUUCACAGCGUUUGGGAUUCCCGUGUGAGCGGAACGCCACGGUGAGAGAGAGACAGAGAGAGAGAGACCGAGGGUUGUGCGUCUGUCUGGAUGACCAGACUGAUAACAACGAGUGAUCAUCGCACGUGACGGUGGCUGGUGGCGGGGUUGGAGCAGUGUUUGUGAGAGAGGGAGAGACAGCGGGGCGAAGAGGAUUGAAGUCGAGCGAGGCGUCGCCGAGCACGUGAAGUUUUCUGCUCGACUUCUCUCUCUAACCUAGUCGAGCUUGCUCUCUCACUCGUCUCCUCCCCAGCGCGCGUGCGCGUGAUGUAUGUGUUCGGUUUAUGAUCCCCCAUCACCUGCGCUGAGUGUGUGACAGUCGCUGUACGAGCCUCGGGAGGAGGAUGUAAACUGUAUGACAGCUGCCCGACAGUCUCGUCCGUGGAGCAGACGGAGUUGGCCACAGUGGGGGGAAGAGUUUGACCCUUUCGUGACUGAUCACAGUCAGCAGUCGCCGGAGCCAAGCUAACAAUCGCUGUCAUCCUCUCGUGUUGUUGUUGAACAGAGUGACGUGCUUGAUGCUUCAUCAACGAACGCUGUCAUCUCCGUUCUUCUCAUCAUCAUCAUCGUCGUCGUCGUCGUCUGAGGUUGUGACCUGUUGUUUAGCAGUCCGCAGAGAUAACUGUGCACUCGGCUCUCCGUUGGCGGCGGCGACAGCGACAUCAGUGGGAGGGUAGUCGAUACGUGACGUACGGCCGCAUGUUACCCACGUCGUAUCGGCAGCGGUGACGGACGCUGCCGCGGCGUUGAGGACUGACGGGGAGCCGGUGCUGAUGUUAGUGGUGGUUGAAGUGUGGAUUUACCUGCAAUCGGAUCGUUGGGAUAACACCUUAGUGUCGUCUGCUGCCCGGUGAAGGCAGGUAUACCGAUGGAGUCCAGCUCCUACCUGCUGUUGCUGCUGUUGAUGGGAUACUGCCUGGCAUUGAUUGAAGGUGAACUGCGCUGCUACUGCAACGAGUCCGGCUGCGUGUCCACUGGCUACAUGUGCAAGUCCGCUGCUGGUCAGUGCUUCACGGCCGUGGAGGUGCAAGGGGACAAGACUCGCGCCACCCACGGCUGUCUGGAUUCUGUGCCCUUGGAGCAUCGCGGGAUGUGUGGGGGGCGCGGUGCAGUGGACGGGGGUGAGGCCGCCCGCCACGAGCGGCACAAGGAGGAGGUGGUGAAAGGGGGGACCCCUGCUCAGGCCGGAGGAGGGGCUAAGUUCCCGCUGCUCAUUUGUUGCGAGGAGGACAUGUGCAACUACAUUGAAAAUCUGGACCUCACUAACAUAGUCAUGGCGCCCAAAGCCAACGGAAGCGCGCAGAAAGGCGGCUCGAGCAGUGAGAAGGGCAUCAUCUACUCGAGGAACCCGGAGGAGCAGGAUGCAGAGAGGGACUUGUGGUUCAAGGCCGCGGUCAUCGCCGUUCCCAUUGCCGGUGGCUUCAUUCUGGUGCUCCUCGUGCUUCUGGCAGUGCGCAUGCUUAGAACUGACAAUCAACGUCAUCGGCGCCUCAUCCAGAUCCGCCGCGAGCGGAGUCUGACCAAAGCGCAGCUCUACGUCACAGAUCAUUUCAGUGACGUCAGCGCCAAGUCGGACGUCGGCAAGUCGUACUCUCUGUUCGCCAGCAAGCCUCACGGUGGGGCUCACGGUGGACCUGUCGGGGCCGGAGUUAAGCCCCACAGCGGGGGGCCCACAGUAGCAGGCGGCAAAGGACUGGAGGUGGGGAUGGGCUUGAACGUGGGGCUGAGGCUGGGAGGCGGGAAACCCGUGUGCCGGGACGUGAACAUUUCCGUGGACAAGGAAGGGCGAGUGUACGAGAAGGUGUGUGACGUCAACGUGCACAGACAGCCGCAACACCCCUCGGUAGUCAGAUGGGGGCACUCCUCUAAGGCAGACCAUGCGACCGUUGUGUAGGCGGCUUUACUGCCCCAUUCAAGGGGCACGACUCAGAGCGUUUUACACCUUUGAUCAUCGUCGAGCCGAUGACCCUGGUGCUGAAAGGACAAGGAAUCUGACCGCGUGGUGUGCGUGUGUGGGUUUCACUCAGCAUCAUGGGAAAAGACUCAUCAUGGUCGAGAUUUUUCUCGUCCUUUCUCGUGAUUUCGUCAUGACGACGACGAAAAGGAAACAAUAUGGCAAUGGAGCUCUGCAGGGCAGGGUCUCCAGUGCCAGGAAAUGCAGCCUGUAGACAAAUGUUACCUAAGGAGCCGGACGUGAGAGCGCAUGCUCAGCCGGUACGAACUCCAUGGAUGUCAUGAUCUGAAUAAAAAGCAGCAGCUACUUUGAUUGACUUCGUACGUACGCGGUUUACAGAAAUUGUUACUGAGUUUUAUAUUCAUAGGGCCAAGCUGGAAAGAAUGGUAUUGAAGAUAACAUCGUGUUCACCUGUGACCUACCUGGUGAACAUUUUAAACAAACUACGAUAGUCGUAAACGCAGAAGAUGAUGUACAGUUUAUAGACAUUGAAUAGGUUAUAAACAGACGUUGAUGAUUUCGCACUGACAGUCGACAAAGUCCUGAACCUUCACGAUAGUUUCAAGUGUCUUGUGUACCAGGAACACUUUUGACUGUUGUCCACACACUGGGUGUGAUCCCACCCGAUGAACAGGUGCAUAAAUGUCUUGUUUUUGGUGGAAGAACAUUCAUUGAGUCAGAACGGUGAUGUGUAAUUAUCACGAGGAUAAUGCUCAGCCUUUCAAACAUAAUUAUGUUUCUUUUAAUUAUGCUCUGGUUUUUUGUUUGUUUUUCCCUUUCAGAUUCCUGUUCUAAGGAUCAUUGUGAUAAGUGUGUGGGGGAUUUUUUUUUUUUUUAAAGAAAAUUAUUUUUCAAGUACGCGUUGUUUUGUUUUUUCGCUGGGGUAAAAGGAGAAAAUCGCAUGGAGACGGUUAUCUGCCCCUUUUGUUACUUUUUUCCCUUUUGUUCUGUAACGGAGCGUGAUUAUCAUAUAAGGAAGACUUAUUUUCUUGCUUUGGUGUAUGGGAUGUUUUUGUUGAUAUGUGUUUUGUUAUUCGUGCUGUCACUGAGCUAAGGAAGGGUCAUCUCUUAUUUUUCAUUUAUUUGGCAAUGUUAGGAAACGAAUCCUCAUGCUUUAGACUGGAGUGAGGUGCUGUACCAUGUGACGACCAGAUAAUUGAAUAUAUCAGGGGUUGUAGCUUGUGCCACACCAUAUUGGCGGCCACCAAUGAGCAACCGCAGGUGUGAGUUUAGGGUAGAUAGCAAGGUGUGACGAGAAUCUCACGAUGUGGAUAGAAAUUAGAAAUUUUACAAGUCUGGUUAGAAGACAUUACAUACAGCUUGACCCCGUGACAUCAGUGACUUAGCGAAACACACUUCCAUCUCCUUCCCUCUUCUGUACCUGUGUGAGAGAGGGAGAGAGAGAUAACAGCGAAUAUCGACUGCCUAGUUGCCAUGGAGAUGCCGACUAUUCUGGGGGUUUUUUAUGGUUAAAAAAAACAGUCUUCUCGUUUGUCGACCUGCCUUCUAAAUGAUGUUCUUUGUCACUUGUGAGCACGCGAGGACUGUGUGUGGCGUGCCUGCAGCAUCAUAUCAUACCCCGUCUCCUUUGUUGCCGGUGGCUGGGUAUGUGCAUGCUACGAGAGAUUGCUGGGUGAUGAGGCUAGAUGCUGCUCCCCCUCCCCACUUCAUUCCUGUAAAAAAAAAAAAAAGAAGAAAAGAUGAGUGCACGGCUGUUUGAAGCUAAAUAGCUGACAUUGUUCGCCUGCUGAGACUGACAGAGUGUGGAUGUGUGAAGGGGCAGCGUGGGUGUGUGUGCUUGAGACUCAGACCUGUGCAAGAUUUCACAUAUUUUGCAUUUUUCGAUGAAAUGGCUUAUUUAUUGUUGUAAGAAUAAAUUUUAUGGCUUCAACGUCUUCA